GCUUCCUCCACGUCAUUUCGAGGAAGAGGAGCGGCGUCGCCCGCGGGGACCCGGGCCCGAGCUCCCCGCCGCCGGCCCGAAUCCGUCCACAAGUCAGUAAAUUUUGGUUACUUGACGCAAACCAGAGAGGGCUUCCUGGAUCACUAACCAAAGAUGGCCUCGAUGUCAAGCCUCCUUGUUGAAUGCAACAGGUUUCAAUGGAUUUAACAAGUCCCCAGCCAUCUUUAAAAGGUAAUGAUUUUAUUAUGAUAACCCCUGACUCUUUUAACACAUCGAAAGAUGAGAUGGAAAGACUUAAAGAAGAACUGAGGAAAUGGAAGGAAAGAGUGGAAAAAGCUGAAGAAACAAAAGCUGACCUUCUUCUCUCUAAAUCAAAUGCUGAUGAAGAGUAUGUUAAAGCAGGGGAGGAGCUGAUGAAGCUAAAGAAAUUUCAAGAGAAACAGCAUAAGGACAUUAUUGUAUCUAGGGACACCCGUGAGAGAGAACUCUGUGCACUAAACGAAGAAAACGCUGAGCUGAAGAAAGAAAUUGAAAAGCUCAAAGAAGAACUUGCAGAAUGUCGUUCAGUGCUUUCACAGGAUGGUCACAUUAAAAAAAAGGUAGCAGAAAUGAAAGUGAAGUUCACUCACAUGGAAGACAUGACGGAUGAUAAUCCAGAUAUGAAUACUCAGUGUGUUUUUGGUGUAACUACAAAAAUCCCAUUCAGACUGAAUCAAAACCAGGCUCUGAUUACUUUUGAAGAUGAAGAAGUUGCCCAGAGACUGAUAAAAAUGGGUAAGCAUACUGUGAACCUGGACAACAAAACAGCAGAUGUGAGAGUGAAGCCUUUUACACUUGAAAUGGGAAUCAAAUUUGAGCUCCAUGUCACUAUUUCUGGAAAGAAGAUCAAUGUUUCAGAAAUACCUGAGCUAUCCAUUCCUGAAGACUGGAUGAGAGACAAAUUAGAGCUGAAUUUCUACAAAUCUGAACUGGGAGGAAGAGAAGUAGCAAAUGUGAGCUAUGACAAGCCAUCUGGAACAGCUGUUAUUACAUUCCUCACACCUGGAGCAGCUAACAGCUUUGUGGGAUGUACUAAAUAUCCUUUCUUUGUAAAUGGAAGGUGCUGUAAGCUUUCUGUGUCCCCAAACACCAACGAACACUUGGAAAAGUUUCAGCUCUAUUGUGGGAUUUCUAAGAAGACCAUUCUGUUGAAGGGAAUUCAAGAGAUGGAAGAUGAUGAAGAAAGUAUACAGGACAUGAUCGAAAUUCAUUUUCAAAAGCCCAGUAAUAGUGGUGGGGAAAUAGAGAAAAUCAAAUAUGUAUCAAAAGGAGUAGCAUGUGUUUGUUUUGAGGAGGAUACUUAGAAUGCCGUAUAGGAAAUUGUAGUAUGAACUCCUGAAGUUCUCCAUUUUUGCUUCAUCAGAGGCAAAGGAAGUUAUGUGGACAUUGUCCAUUUAGUAUUCUGAAAUUUAUACUUGAAAAAGAACUACCUGUCUUUCUGAUUUGUGUAACGGCACAGACUUUGCACAGAAAUUCAGUAAAACUCACUGCUUUGUGUUCCAAAGGUUCCUGAUUAGUCAUAGAAGAGGCCUUUACCACCGCUUGAAACUUAAUCAGAGAUUACUUUCUGAAAAUUUCAAUCUUGCUAAUUUUUAGAUUGGUCACAGAUACUGCAACAUGGGAUAAAUCUACUCCUUCUCACACUGUUUGCAAAAGCCACAUGUAAUCCAAAUCAAAAGCAUCUUCACAGACCUCCUUCUGGAGUAGCUCUGGCAAACUCCAGUCCUGCUAAGCUUGCUGUGUGCUGCUGUAACUCACAUACCUGAAAGCAGUUAUCCUAUCAUUUCAUAAAAUCCACGUUAUUGAAUUAAUGAUAAAAUUAAAAUAGAAAACAGGAGAGUGUGAAAACACCACAGAUUUACUCAAGGAAUUGCACCUUGUAAGAAGUGCCACAGGAGUAAUACUGCUUGUAGCUGUUGAAAUGCUGUUACUUCUAGCGCCUGAUACAAAUCCUGCUUGAGCUUCUGAUGAAUUAAUAACCUGGUUUAUUGUUUGGUUUUAAGAUUUGCUUUUACAAUUGCUUUUUUCCUCAUUUUUGUUCAUGAUUUUGCUUACUUUAAAGUACUACAGUUAAGAAUUGAGAUGAUUCUUUGCCUGUAACAUUGCUUUGUAACAAUGCUGGGGAAAGAGUCUGAUGGUGAACGCUGUGUCCGUUUUGGUGCAUGUGACUGGCCAGGCUGCUGGCUCUGGGAAGGUAUGUGGAGAGCAGUCAGUUGGAAAAGGCAUAAAGUUUAGGGAAAAUUCAUUUUUCAGUGUGUAAAGUCCCCCUGUUGUAUCCAAGUUCAUCCUUCCAUUUCUCAAUGUAAAAAGAUCUUUGAAAUAAAAUAGAAGUGCAAAGUCAGAGAAGGAUUUAUUUUCCAAG